AUUGAACAUCAUGUAUGUAGAAAGCCUCGAAGGAAAAUAUAUCGCGACAAUUAAUAAAAUACGUGAUACCGCUCGAAAAUUAGAAAUAAGUUUAAAAUAUUCGCGAGAUUUAGAAGCUGUCCGCUUUCUGCGGUAUUCUACCUUAAAAUCUCGCGAUAAAAUUUUAACGGAUGAUUUAAGGAAAGCUAAAAUACGAAACGAGCAGAUGUUAAAUUUAUUUCGACAAAGCGUUACGGACGUUCAACUUGGUUCCUUUGAUAUAUUGCCGGAAGCUUUAAAGAGACAAGUGCAAAGGACAUGGCACCAAAAGUACGAUACUUUGUUAUCGCAAAACGAGCGUUUGAAGAAACAAAUCAACGCUAUGAAUUACAAAAUGAAAGAAAAACAGAAGGAGGAAACAUUAUAAAUGCUGACGAAAAUAUUGAAAAAAUCUGCAGAAAAUGCUGGAUUCUAACAAAUAAAGCCUAAAUUAAAAUAUACAUUAUGUGUGUAUGACUUCAAAUUCAAGAUUAUCGCAAAUCUGGAAAAAUUACUAAAGUAAAAUUAUUAAAAAAAUAAAAUUUUUUGUAAAAUAAACUGAUGAAUGAAAAAAAUGUUAAAUGAACGCGCAUCGUCAACAUCAAAAAAAUAUGUUAUUAAUAUGUUUGUAUAAUAAUAUGUUUGACUUAGAUAAGAUUACAUCAUAUUUAUAUCAAUAAAAUUAUAAGAUAAUUAUGGGAUUUAAUUACAAUCUGAUUGGAUUGAACUGGUCAAAGAUUUAUAUGGCUUCUUUAUAUGAAUAACAUGUUUGCCAGUUUUGGUGGCAUAAAUUGCUAAUAGUAAAAGUAACAAAAAGUUCUUAUUCUUAUUCUUCUUAUAAAUAUCUUCUUAAUCAAGUUAAUAGAAUGUGGACUAAAAAUUACAUUAUUUUUAAAUAUAUUUUUAUUAAUACUUUUUU